AUGCCCCCCAAGAAGAGAACGAAGGCCGGAACCGGCAGCGGGGUAAAGAAGCAGAAGACAAACGCGGGCGCCAAGAAGGCUGCACAGCCAUCAAUUCCUGUCGAUGAAGCCUUUAAUGAGGGUGGCAAUGUCUAUGUCCACAUCGACGACGAUGAGACGAUCUGGGAUGCUUCUCUGAAUCUGAGCAAUGUUUCUGGGAACAACAACAAGUUCUACAUGGUGCAGCUUCUUGUGGAUGACAAGAGCGACACCUAUUACGUCCACACUCGCUGGGGCAGGGUUGGCGAGUUGGGUCAAGUCAAGACUAUGAGUUUCGAAGACAUUGACGAGGCAAAGGUCGAAUACAACAAGAAGUUCAAGGGCAAGACCGGCCUGGAAUGGGAGAACCGCGGGGACGAGCCCAAGCCGAAGAAGUACACCUACGUCGAAAGGGCAUAUGAAGACGAAGAUGAUGCCGAGAAUGACGAGUCGGAUGAUGGAUCCGACAGUUGCAGUACGGCCAAGAGCGGCCUUGACAUCGCCACUCAGAGGCUCAUGGAGCUGAUCUUCAACGAGAAUCACUUCAACUCGGUGCUCGAAGAGAUCGGGUAUAACAGCGACAAGCUGCCACUGGGGAAACUCGGCAAGGCCAGCCUGCAGAGCGGCUUCGAGCAGCUGAAAGAGCUGGCGAGCCUCAUCAAGCACCCCAGCCUGGCCAAGAACAAGUACGACAAGGAUCGAGGCGAAGUCAUUGAAGAGUGGACGAACAAGUACUACUCCACGAUCCCGCACGCCUUCGGUCGCAACAGGCCCCCCUUAAUCGACAAUGACGACCUUCUGCGCAAGGAAGUCGCCAUGCUCGACACGCUGACCGACAUGGAAGUCGCCAACACGAUCAUGCGCGCGCACGACACCAAGUCCAAAGACGCCGCCUCGGUCAACCGACUAGACGCGCACUUCCGCGGACUGCAGUUGAAGGAGCUGCAGGCCCUCGACCACAAGUCCGCCGAGUACAAGGAGCUGCAGACGUACCUCAUCGACUCGAGCCACAGCUCGCACGGCCUCAGGUACCGCCUGCAGGACAUCUUUCGCGUGGAGCGGCCCGGCGAGCACGAGAGGUUCGAGAAGAGCCGCAAGACGCUGAAGGAUUCGCGGAGGCUGCUGCUGUGGCACGGGUCUCGCACUACGAAUUAUGGCGGUAUUCUGUCGCAGGGCUUGCGCAUUGCGCCGCCGGAGGCCCCCGUGAGCGGCUACGCCUUCGGCAAGGGCGUCUACCUCGCAGACCUGUCGUCCAAGUCGGCCAACUACUGCGUGUCGUCGCUCAGCGGCGGCGUCGGCCUGCUGAUGCUGGUCGAGGCCGAGCUGUCGAACCCCAUGUACGAGAUCGACUCGGGCGACAGCGGCGCCGCCGAGGCGGCCAGGAAGGCCAACUGCGUCGCGACAAAGGGCGUCGGCCGCACGGGCCCAGGGAAGUGGAAGGAUGCGGGGUGUGUGAAUGGGGCUUUGGAGGGUGUUAAGAUGCCCGAUGGAAAACCAGUUGACAACAAAAGCCAUAACGGUGGGUUCCUGAUGUACAACGAGUACAUAUCCUACAACGUGGAACACCUGAAGCUCCGCUACCUGUUCAAGGUCGCUAUGUGA